AUGUCUCAAUUUCUCAGAUCUAGUUCGAUUCAUGAAAUUUUGGCUUUCUUUGGAGAUCUGGAGAAGACUCGUUUGCAAUCGAUAAGCAGGAUGUUCUAUGAUAAAAUUAUACCUAGUUCUCUCUAGUAAUGCUUUCUCAGCUUAUUGACGAAGGACAAAUUUUUCUCAUAUUCAAAAGAAUAAGGGGACAUUCUGUAUUAUUACGACAUUCCUACUAGAACAUGGAUUGAUGUGAAAGCUGCAAAUCACUAAGAACAUUAUAUUUAUUACUCAAUGUCAGCUGUUGUGACAGAUCUAAAUAGAGUCUUAUUGAUAGGAGGUAGCUUCGAUCCUGAGUUUGAAUAGUAUACAGAUGCAGUAUACGAUUGGAACUAGAUUACAAACCGAAUUCAACCUUUAUCUAAUGUGCCUUUCGUCUCAUUUGACAAUGGUUUCUUUUACUAUAGAGGUUAUGUUUAUAUAAUUGAAGGUCAUGUUGAUUUGUUUAACUAAUCAACUGUAAGGAAAACUGCACGGUUUAAUGUCCUUGGGAACUAUUGGUAAACUCUUCCGAGCUUAAAUCACGCUAAUGGCAAAUUUAAUAUGUGUGCUUUUAAAAAUGGGUUUAUUUAUGCUUUUUGUGAGCAGAUGAGCAGUUUUUACAGAUUGAAUUCCAAUUUGCUUGGAUUCGAGAGAUCGACUAACUGGGAUUUGCAAUAUAUCUAGUGGGAAAGAAUUUUGAUAAAGCCUUCAGUCUACUUUGGUUUUAAAAUGGCUGUAUUUGGCUUGAAUGAUAAUUAGAUAUUACUUUUUGGAGGAGAUGAUGAAUUUAACAAUUAAAUUACUCACUCUCCUAUCUCAAAAGAAUUUAGUGAUGCAAAUGCGUUAAAAAUACUUGAUUUAACUGAUUUAAGUCUUCAUAAAAUAGUUGAUGAUGCUAACUAAGAUUUAAAAAUAGAAUUACCAGAUAUGUUUUACUUUAACUAAUUAUCUGAAUACAAUGGCAAAAUAUAUGCACUUGGAAAAGAUCACAUUCAUAUAAUUAACUUAAGUAAGAAAGAGAUUGAAAUUAUUAAAGAUGAUGGUGAUUAUAAUGAAGAAGAUUAUUGA